AUGGCCGUCGCUGAGGGUCGCUCGGCAAUGCUCUCAUCGGGAAGGAUAUUGAUCUCUGGGUUGAUUAUCCCACUUGCCACCAUCCUCGACAAAAUCUCCGUCGCCGAUGUCUCCGCUGACGAUGAAAUUGCUCUGUCAACCCUUCAUGCUUUUGAAGUCAUGGAUUUGUCUGAACUUGGAUAUCAUGGCAAAGGAUCAGACGAGCUAGGCGAGAACCUGCAAGAUAGGGGCCUUGCUAGGAAGAGCCAGCGAUGCAUGUUCGCGAUGCUUUUUCCGAAGUUCGUCACAUUCGCGUUGACUUCGACUGGAAAGAUGCACCCUACUGCCACACAACAAAUUACCACCGCUGUCCGUGCAACUUUCAAGGAACAGAGCUCGUCAUCAUUGGAGAUCUGGUUUCUUCCUUGA